AUGUUCCCCACCUUCCAAGUGAAGCUCUUCGGCAUGGACCCCAUGGCCGAUUACAUGCUGCUCAUGGACUUUGUGCCGGUGGACGACAAGCGCUACCGGUACGCCUUCCACAGCUCUUCGUGGCUGGUGGCCGGAAAGGCCGACCCUGCCACUCCAGGCCGCGUGCACUAUCACCCUGACUCGCCUGCCAAGGGCGCCCAGUGGAUGAAGCAGAUUGUGUCUUUCGACAAGCUCAAGCUGACCAACAACCUGCUGGAUGACAAUGGCCACAUCAUUCUCAACUCCAUGCACAGAUACCAGCCCCGCUUCCACGUGGUGUACGUGGACCCACGCAAGGACAGCGAGAAGUACGCAGAGGAGAAUUUCAAAACCUUCGUGUUUGAGGAGACUCGCUUCACAGCGGUCACUGCCUACCAGAACCAUCGGAUCACGCAGCUCAAGAUCGCCAGUAAUCCCUUCGCCAAAGGUUUCCGGGACUGCGACCCCGAGGACUGGCCCCGGAACCACCGGCCCGGCGCGCUGCCGCUCAUGAGCGCCUUCGCGCGCUCGCGGAACCCCGUGGCCUCCCCCACGCAGCACAACGGCGCGGAUGCAGACGCGGUCGAGGCCCGGCGAGAGUUUGAGCGCGACGCAGGCGGGACGACAGUGCUCGGGGACCCUGCGCACCCGCCGCAGCUGCUUGCACGGGUUCUGAGCCCCGCGCUUCCCGGGGCCAGCGGCGCCGGCGGCCUCGUCCCGCUGCCGGGAAGCCGGCCCAGUCCCCCGCACCCGGAGUUGCGCCUGGAGGCGCCCGGCGCGUCGGAACCACUGCAUCACCACCCCUACAAGUACCCAGCCGCCGCCUACGACCACUUCCUCGGGGCCAAGAGCCGGCCUGCGCCUUACCCGCUGCCGGGCCUGCGUGGCCACGGCUACCACCCGCAUGCGCACCCGCACCCGCACCCGCAUCCGCACCACCAUCCCGCCGUGAGUCCCGCAGCCGCGGCCGCCGCUGCUGCCGCCGCCGCUGCCGCCGCCAAUAUGUACUCGUCGGCCGGGACCGCGCCGCCAGGCUCCUACGAUUACUGCCCCAGAUAA